AUGAUGAAACAGACACCAUUUCACAAAGCAACUUUAAGCUCAAACCAGCAGGUUAUGAUAAAAGGAAAGAGACAUGAAAUCUUUAACUACUUCUCUCUUCUAUCUCCUGCUCUGUAUCAAUCUCCUGCCCAACUUCACUGCUUCCCAAAUCCUUUUUCAGGGCUAACUUUCAUAGACAAUCAUGAUACAAGCUCCACACAAAACAUUUGGCCAUUUCCAUCAGAUAAAGUCAUGCAGGGAUAUGCCUAUAUUCUCACUCACCCGGGAAUUCCCUCAAUUGUAAGUUUCCAAAUUUGA